UACAUUACUGAUAUCACAUCUUCGUGUUGCAUUGCGCACGCGCAGAAAACCAAGCCAUUAACUGAGUAUGGACGCGAGCCAUCAUAGUUUCAUACUUCUGAUACAAUUAUUCCUGAAAUUUGCUGAAUGAGUGUGAAGUAUGUGUAUUUUGUUACAAAUUACCGAUUUGAUAGCGACAUUAUAGUUACACUUGCAAGUUUCUCACAACUUUGCUCCGACACUACAAUCGAAGCCACAGAGGCGUAUCGUAAUUACAACGAGCGUACAUGUAUGGCUUCUGACUUUCAAGCAAAUUGUGCGAUCGCCUGCGUGUAAAAUAGAGAACAUCUUUGAGAAUUGAAGGACAGGACUGCUUUGGGCUUUUUCCAACAUCAUAAUUUGAAUUAAUUGAGCUGAGAAAAGAAUAGCAAUAAAGUUAACAAGUGUUUUGUGUCUCAAACCAAGCUAGAUGUUCAUGAAUUAAUAAGGAAGACGUGACGCUCAUCCAGUGAUCUUUCUCUCAUAGUUUAUAAAAAAAUUUACAAAACAUUUUAAUACAAAAUGGCAUUACCACCGAAUUACAAACAAGUUGCAAUAGCUACAUCAAAUAUUGUUGCCUCUAAUCAACGAAUGAGAGCAUCUGGAGGAAGUACAAGUAGCUCAACAAAUAAUAAAGAUACACAAAGUCCAUUUAUCCAAACCCCACAUAGCCAUCCAGGAUUUACACCUCAGAAAGUUGGCAAAAAUACUAACGCUGAUUCUCGUACACCAAAACCACCUAAACCACCAGAGAAACCUCUCAUGCCAUAUAUGAGAUAUAGCAGGAAAGUAUGGGAUCAGGUAAAGGCACAAAAUCCAGAGUUAAAAUUAUGGGAAAUUGGCAAGAUUAUUGGACAGAUGUGGAGGGAUUUACCAGAAGAAGAUAAGACAGAAUUCAUUGAAGAGUACGAAGCUGAGAAGGUGGAAUAUGAGAAAAGCUUGAAGACCUAUCAUAAUUCGCCUGCAUAUCUAGCUUAUAUUGCAGCUAAGAAUCGUGGGAAAUCGAUGUUGUGUGUAGCACAACAAAACAACGAUGACCGAGAAAGUCACGAACGUUCGUCAGGCAGUAGUAAAAGUCAAGCAGCUCAAGAUAGAAGGAUCGAUAUUUUACCAGCGGAAGAUGACGAUGAUCAAGAUGAUGGCUACUCCGUGAAACACGUGGCUUAUUCGCGUUAUACGAGAAAUCAUCGUCUCAUUAAUGAGAUUUUCAGCGAUACUGUCGUGCCCGAUGUUCGUUCGGUUGUUACUACUCAAAGAAUGCAAGUUCUUCGCCGUCAAGUACAGUCGUUAACGAUGCAUCAGAAAAAACUUGAGGCUGAGUUGCAACAAAUCGAAGAGAAAUUUGAAGCAAAGAAACGUAAAUUCAUAGAAACCAGCGAGAUAUUUCAGGAAGAAUUAAAAAAACAUUGCAAGCCGGCGGUAGACGAAGAGACUUUCAAUAAAAUGGUAGAACGACAGUACGAAGCCAUCAGACGAGAUAGACAGAAAGGAUCGGAAGAAAAUCGUUCGGACGGGCCGGCAUCGAGUGAAUCCACUCCGAAUUCCACUCCCACUCCGACUCCAGCGUCACUCAACGACGAAGCCCAGCCAGAUGUUUCCGAUAAUGAUACAAUGGAGAAGAAAACCGUCGGCGGCAUCGACAAAGCCAACAUCGAGAUGAGCAAGAAGAUGUCACCGCCAUAUACCGAAACCAAGACGGAAGUACCGACGGUGCAAGCGAACGUCAGUCAGCCACACGCACCCAAUACUGGAAUGUACUGCAACGUGGUCAACCCUAUUCAACAUCCGCAUCAGCAACAGACACAGACACCGCAGCACCAACCACCGCAACACCAGCCGCCACAGCAUCAACCGCCGCAGCACCAGCCACCGCAACACCAACCACCGCAGCACCAGCCACCCCAGCAUCAGCCACCACCUCAGCAUCAACCAACAACUCCUCAACAAUCCCAUCAGCUGCCUCCACCUCAGCAGCAGCAUCAAGCACCUCCGCCGCCACCGCCUCAGCAACAGCAACAACAACAACAGCAACAGCAACAACACCAGCCACAACCCACUCAGCAACAGCACCAGCCGCCGCCGCCGCCGCAAUCACAGCAGCAACAGCAACAACCGCAGCAGCCAAAUCCCGUGCUACCGCCCCAACAGCAGCCGACCACAACAGCUGGAACAGCAGCCGCGGUGGCGGCAGUAGUUGCCAGUGCGAACGCGACCGCAAACUCCACUCCGCCGAACAUGCCGCCGGUGUCGGCGCCACCGGCAAUACCGAUCCAGCACAACCCCCAUCAGCAGGGAAUGCUGGCGAAUCACUCGAUGCCGCCGCACCAGACCGCGCAAGGCAGCCAGGGCACACAAGUGAUGCCGCCGCAAGGACCGGUGACAAAUCCACACACUUCCCAAAUGAUGCCGCCUAAUCAAGGCUACGGCCAGCAAUAUCAGACCGCGCCCGGUCAACAGCCGCAGAACGUUCCGCUGGCUCCGCGACCGCCGCAUCCUUCUUACAGCUAUUCCCAGCAACAACCAUACCAUCAGCCUUACCCGCAAUACACUCAUCCGUAUUACCAUCAGCCGUACUCGCAGUAUUCGCCUCACCCGAUGGGACGUCCUCAUGGCCACGGCCCACACAGCCCGCACAGUCCGCACUACCAUCCGCAAUCGCCGCACACCGCAAUCGCCGAUAGCGGCAACACUAACACCAACGUCACCGGCUCGAACGCCGUUACUGUGCCCGCAACUGCUCCUGAUAACAAUAAUCCUUCCUCUUACUCAUCGUCCGCAGGACACUGCGAAGGCGAACGCUCGGGUCCGUCGGAUAACCAGGAAGGCCAGGUGGAUGCUAAAUCGGGAUCCGCUUAAGUACUCUAUCUCUUUUCUUUUUAUUUUAUAAAUUAUCGUAGAGUUGAAACCUUUGUUGAUGUGUCUUUGCGAUCUGUAUCUGCACUAUUUUGUACGUAUAUUCUUAAGUUACGAACUUAACGCAUUCUGUCACUUUAUUAUGAUAAAGAUGUAGUGGUAAUCGUUAAUAUUAUGGUGACCUGCAACGUCGUCUUAUGUAUACACGAGGAUGUAUCGUUCCACGCGAUGGCAGCGGCAACACGUGCUGACUCUACUUUGUAGUUGCGAGAUAAAGUGUCUGGGAAAACUA